AUGCGCCCCGCGCCGGAGUCCCCGCGGGGUGGGUCCCCACGAGGCGGCGCGCCGGGCGGUGGGCGCAGCGCGCAGGAGAAGUACCUGCCCGAGCUGAUGGCGGAGAAGGACUCGCUAGACCCCUCCUUCACGCACGCCCUGCGCCUGGUGAACCGGGAGAUAGAAAAGUUCCAGAAAGGAGAAGGGAAGGAGGAAGAGAAGUACAUUGACGUGGUGGUGAACAAGAACAUGAAGCUGGGACAGAAAGUGCUGAUUCCCGUCAAGCAGUUUCCCAAGGACUAUAAUGAUGAGAUCAGGCAAGCACAGCUCCAGGAAUUGACAUACUUGAACGGUGGUUCAGAAAACACAGAUGUUCCAGUGGUUCGAGGGAAAUCCACUCUGCGUACUAGAGGCAUAACAACCCCGGCAAUAACCAGGGGAAGAGGAGGUGUCACAGCCAGGCCUGUUGUGGUUGGUGUGCCCCGUGGGACACCAGCUCCCAGGGGAGUCCUUUCCGCCAGAGGGCCAGUGAGCCGGGGAAGAGGACUUCUCACUCCCAGAGCAAGAGGGGUCCCCCCGACUGGGUACAGACCUCCACCACCACCCCCAACGCAAGAGCCCUACGGAGAGUAUGACUAUGAUGAUGGAUAUGGCACAGCUUAUGAUGAACAAAGUUACGAUUCCUAUGACAACAGCUACAGCACCCCAGCCCAAAGUGGAGCUGAUUACUAUGAUUACGGGCAUGGACUCAGUGAGGAGACUUACGACUCCUAUGGGCAAGAGGAAUGGGCUAACUCAAGACACAAGGCACCUUCGGCGAGAGCGGCGAAGGGCGUGUACAGAGACCAGCCAUAUGGCAGAUACUGAUUGUACUGUCUGAUGUUGUGAAAUAGCCAAUCUCCACCGUCCUGUAUACUGUUCAAAGUAAUUUUUUUCUAUGAACAAUCCCUUUUUAAAUAAAUCAAAAUGCUUAAAAUCUGAAUGGAUGGAAUUUAAAACUACUUUGUUGAAACACCACCUUGGUCAGGGAAGAAAAGGACAUGUAAAAUUUUGUUAUCGCCAGUCUGUAUAUGAAAAAAUAGGUCAUCAAAAGGAAAACAAAUAACUUUGAUUAACUAGUGUUAAACAAAAAGAUAGGUUUACUAAAUAUGUUAAUCCAUUCUUUUAACAUAAGCCUCACCUUUUAUUUUAAAGGUUUCCAUAGAAUUUAGUUAUUUCAUCUUUCAGCCAUAUGCUAGUUUUUUUCUCUU